GCGCGGAGCUAAGGAGCAGGCGGAGGCCGGCGCGGGGCUGGUGCUCAGCAGGCCGGGCCUGGCUUUGGGCUCCGGGCCUCCCAGCCGGGGACUCUGCGCCUGCGCCCGCCCGGCCGCUGCCGCUUUCCCGGCGCGGCCGUGGUCCCGGCUGCAGCGCGCCGCCUGGGUGUCUGCGCGAUCCAUGGGCAGCAGCGAGGGCCACGAUGACAGAUUACGGCGAGGAGCAGCGCAACGAGCUGGAGGCUCUGGAGUCCAUCUACCCCGACUCCUUUACAGUAUUAUCAGAAAAUCCUCCCAGCUUCACCAUUACUGUGACAUCUGAUGCUGGAGAGAAUGAUGAAACUGUCCAGACUACCCUCAAGUUUACAUAUAGUGAGAAGUACCCAGAUGAAGCCCCCCUUUAUGAAAUAUUCUCCCAGGAAAAUCUAGAAGAUAAUGAUGUCUCAAACAUUUUAAAAUUAUUAGCAUUACAGGCAGAAGAAAACCUUGGUAUGGUGAUGAUCUUUACUUUAGUGACAGCCGUGCAAGAAAAACUAAAUGAAAUAGUGGAUCAAAUAAAAACUAGAAGAGAAGAAGAAAAGAAACAGAAAGAAAAAGAAGCAGAAGAAGCCGAAAAGCAAUUAUUUCAUGGCACUCCUGUUACAAUUGAGAAUUUCUUAAGUUGGAAAGCCAAGUUUGAUGCAGAACUUUUGGAAAUUAAAAAGAAACGAAUGAAAGAAGAAGAACAAGCAGGAAAAAAUAAAUUAAGUGGGAAACAGCUAUUUGAAACAGAUCAUAAUCUUGACACAUCUGAUAUCCGGUUCUUGGAGGAUGCUGGAAACAAUGUGGAGGUAGAUGAGUCUUUGUUCCAGGAAAUGGAUGACUUGGAGCUGGAAGAUGAGGAGGAUGAUCCAGACUACAAUCCUGCUGACCCAGAGAGUGACUUGACCGAUUGACGGACCAUCCCCGUCUGCAGAGAGGCUUGACUGCCACAGCAUCUGUGGCUAUGCUGAGAGGGUGUUGAUUUUUUUCUUUUUUUUUUUCUAAGAAGAAAUAAUUUUCAGGAGAAUAUUCUUCUGAAAGCUUUCAUCAAUGAACUUAAUAAAUUGACCUUAAAAUUUCAAAUA